AUGGAGACCACCACGACUUCGUAUACUCGCAGCAAAACCACAAACUUCUUCUAUAAGAUCAACUUUAUAAUCUACACGUUUGGUCUACCAAACUUUUGGAUAGAAGACCUGAAAUUAACAAAAAAAUUCGUCAAAUUCUACGACAAGUUUUCAAUGUUUAACAACACAUUAAUAUUUUUGUUGAUUAUUUUCGAAUUAUGUUCGUAUUUCACGCAGACUGGGUUGACGGAGAAGCAGCAGUCGAACCGGCUUAUUUACGCCAUAUCCCACCCAAUGCUGUUCAUGUUCCGCGUGAUGAUGACCAGCAUCAAGGAGAGAGUAAGGCUGGUGAUGUACAGCCUCACCGUGGGCCUGAAGAGAGUGCACAACGACCCUGAAGUAGAGAAGCAGAUGAUUGCGUGCACUGUCAUGUACUUGUCCGCUUUGUUACUAAGCUGUUUAAUGUCGAUGAUCAUGUACGCUGCUGAAGGCUUCUGGGAAGUCGUACGAAAUGGUAACACAUUUACUACUAUUAUCACCGCGUAUCCAGCCGUCGAGGACGACUCUGACAUGGCCAACUUGGUUAGGGCCAUUUGCUUCAUAAUCUGGUGGAUGUUCCUGACCAGGAUCUUCGCAGUCUAUAUUCUGGUCAUCUCCCUAACUACCUGCCUUAGUUACCAAUACAAAAAUCUUCAGAGUUACUUCCUCAGUCUUAAUGACAUCUUUGAGAGGAAUGAUCUCAGUCAGAUUGAGAAAGAAAAUCAGUAUGAGGCUGGGUUUAAAGUUGGAAUCAAGCUGCAUGCGGAUACAUUAAGUAGGUCGGCAAACGAGCAGGUUGAUUACCUGAUGAAUUCGGAACGCACCCUUGUGAACUUAUGCUCAGCGGGGUUUACUGCGACGGCUGUGCUUAUCAGCACUGGCUUCUACAUGUGGAACGCUGGAGAUGUUACUGUUGAAGCACCUGUUGUCCUAAAAGGCUUGGGAUACAUAGAUCUUUCGUAUCAGUCCUAUAUUAAAAUCGUGAAGUCGUCUUACUCCGUGUUUUCAGUGAUAUUCUAA